AUGAAGUUACAAUCUUUAACACGCCUAGUUACUUUAGGUAGAACGCUUACUUCUAAUACAAUAAUUUCUUCAUUUACAAGGAAUGCAAAUAAUGGCAUAAGCUCUUCCUUUCCUUCGAUUUUAUGCAGACAGAUUUCAGACGUCAUGAAGAAAACGUUGGAUGAGACUGUGCAUAAGAAUGAGGUUGUUUUGUUCAUGAAGGGCACUCCCGAACUUCCAGAGUGCGGAUUUAGCAGAGCUGUUGUUCAAAUUUUCCAAGUUCAAGGUGUGGAUUUUUCAAAGAUCAAGACAUUCAAUGUGUUAGAAGAUAAUGAAUUAAGACAAGGUGUAAAAGAAUAUUCACAAUGGCCGACUGUUCCACAAGUGUAUAUUAAGGGAGAAUUUGUUGGCGGUUGUGAUAUCAUGCUCAAUAUGCAUCAAUCCGGAGAAUUAGAAGAGUUAUUAUUGAAACAAGGAUUAAUUCCAGAAGAAAAGAAGGAGUAG